AUGGGAAGAUCGAAAAUUGUAAGAAGAAAAGAUUUUUUAGUUAGACGUAUGGAAUUAGCUAAGCAUUUUAUUCGAACAAAUAUAGAACCGGAAUGGAUGAUUUUAUGUCUCUUACCGGUUCUGCCUCCCGAGUUGAGACCCAUCAUUCAGAUAGAAGGGGGUAAACUGAUGAGUUCAGAUAUUAAUGAACUCUAUAGAAGAGUUAUCUAUCGGAACAAUACUCUUACUGAUCUAUUAACAACAAGUAGAUCUACACCAGGGGAAUUAGUAAUGUGUCAGGAAAAAUUGGUACAAGAAGCCGUGGAUACACUUCUUGAUAAUGGAAUCCGUGGACAACCCAUGAGGGAUGGUCAUAAUAAGGUUUACAAGUCAUUUUCAGAUGUAAUUGAAGGAAAAGAGGGAAGAUUUCGCGAGACUCUGCUUGGCAAACGGGUCGAUUAUUCGGGGCGUUCGGUGAUUGUCGUUGGACCCUCACUUUCAUUACAUCGCUGUGGAUUGCCUCGCGAAAUAGCAAUAGAGCUCUUCCAGACAUUUGUAAUUCGUGGUCUAAUUAGACAACAUCUGGCUUCGAACAUAGGAGUUGCUAAGAGUCAAAUUCGUGAAAAAAAGCCGAUUGUCUGGGAAAUCCUUCAAGAAGUUAUGCAGGGGCAUCCCGUAUUACUGAAUAGAGCACCUACUCUACAUAGAUUAGGCAUACAGUCAUUCCAACCCAUUUUAGUGGAAGGACGCACUAUUUGUUUACAUCCAUUAGUUUGUAAGGGGUUCAAUGCAGACUUUGAUGGGGAUCAAAUGGCUGUUCAUGUGCCUUUAUCUUUAGAAGCUCAAGCAGAGGCUCGUUUACUUAUGUUUUUCUCAUAUGAAUCUCUUAUCUCCAGCUAUUGGAGAUCCCAUUUCUGUACCGACUCAAGAUAUGCUGAUUGGACUCUAUGUAUUAACGAGCGGCACUCGUCGAGGUAUUUGUGCAAACAGAUAUAAUCCAUGUAAUCGAAAAAACUAUCAAAAUGAAAGAAUUUACGAACAAACUAUAAGUAUAUGAAAGAACCCUUUUUUUGCAAUUCCUAUGAUGCAAUUGGAGCUUAUCGGCAGAAAAGAAUCAAUUUAGAUAGUCCUUUGUGGCUUCGGUGGCAAUUAGAUCAACGCGUUAUUGCUUCAAAAGAAGUUCCUAUCGAAGUUCACUAUGAAUCUUUUGGUAACUAUCAUGAGAUUUAUGCACACUAUCUGAUAGUAAGAAGUGUAAAAAACAAACUUUUUGUAUAUAUAUUCGAACCACAGUUGGUCAUAUUUCUUUUUAUCGAGAAAUCGAGGAAGCUAUACAAGGUUUUUCUCAAGCUUGUUCAUAUGAUACCUAAUAAUAUGGUAUUCAUAAAAAAAGAAUUAUAGGACACCCGUGUGAAUUCGGACCUCUCCGAGUCAACUCGGACAUAGUUCCUGACCUAAAAAAUCAAGAUCGAGAAAAGGAAGUUUUGCAAUCAUUGACUCAAACUCAUUGUCGAAUCCCAUUCAGCAGAAUAUGGAGGUACUUAUGGCGGAACGGGCCAAUCUGGUAUUUCACAAUAAAGUGAUAGAUGGAACUGCUAUUAAACGACUUAUUAGCCGAUUAAUAGAUCACUUCGGGAUGGCAUAUACAUCACACAUCCUAGAUCAAGUAAAGACUCUGGGUUUCCAGCAAGCAACUGCUACAUCCAUUUCAUUAGGAAUUGAUGAUCUUUUAACGAUACCUUCUAAGGGCUGGCUUGUCCAAGAUGCUGAACAACAAAGUUUGAUUUUGGAAAAACACCAUCAUUAUGGGAAUGUACAUGCGGUAGAAAAAUUACGCCAAUCUAUUGAGAUAUGGUAUGCUACAAGUGAAUAUUUGCGACAGGAAAUGAAUCCUAAUUUUAGGAUGACGGACCCUUUCAAUCCAGUCCAUAUGAUGUCUUUUUCGGGAGCUAGAGGAAAUGCAUCUCAAGUACAUCAAUUAGUAGGUAUGAGAGGAUUAAUGUCGGAUCCCCAAGGACAAAUGAUUGAUUUACCUAUUCAAAGCAAUUUACGCGAAGGACUGUCUUUAACAGAAUAUAUUAUUUCUUGCUAUGGAGCCCGUAAAGGAGUUGUAGAUACUGCGGUCCGCACAUCAGAUGCUGGAUAUCUUACGCGUCGACUUGUUGAAGUAGUUCAACAUAUUGUUGUACGUCGAACGGAUUGUGGCACUAUCCGAGGGAUUUCUGUGAGUCCUCGAAAUAAAAGUCGGAUGAUGUCAGAAAGAAUUUUUAUCCAAACAUUAAUUGGUCGUGUCUUAGCAGACGAUAUAUAUAUAGGUUCCCGAUGUGUCGCCUUUCGAAAUCAAGAUCUUGGGAUUGGACUUGUCAAUCGAUUCAUAACCUUUGGAACACAAUCAAUAUCUAUUCGAACUCCCUUUACUUGUCGGAGUACAUCUUGGAUCUGUCGAUUAUGUUAUGGCCGGAGUCCCACUCAUGGUGACCUAGUUGAAUUGGGGGAAGCUGUAGGUAUUAUUGCGGGUCAAUCUAUUGGCGAACCGGGGACUCAACUAACAUUAAGAACUUUUCAUACCGGUGGAGUAUUUACAGGAGGUACUGCCGAACAUGUACGAGCCCCUUAUAAUGGAAAAAUCAAAUUUAAUGAGGAUUUGGUUCAUCCUACACGUACACGUCACGGGCAUCCUGCCUUUCUAUGUUAUAUAGACUUGUCUGUAAUUAUUGAGAGCGAAGAUAUUAUACAUAGCGUGACUAUUCCACCAAAAGUUUUCUUUUAGUUCAAAAUGAUCAAUAUGUGGAAUCAGAACAAGUGAUUGCUGAGAUUCGCGAGGGAACAUCCACUUUUCAUUUUAAAGAGAGGGUUAGAAAAUAUAUUUAUUCUGACUCCGAGGGCGAAAUGCAUUGGAGUACUGAUGUAUCCCAUGCACCCGAAUUUACAUAUAGUAAUGUCCAUCUUUUACCAAAAACAAGUCAUUUAUGGAUAUUAUCAGGAGGUUCUUGUGGAUCUAGUCUAAUUCUUUUUUCGAUCCACAAAGAUCAAGAUCAAAUGAACAUACCCUUUCUUUCCGUCGAAAGAAAAUCUAUUUCUAGCCUCUCAGUGAAUAAUGAUCAAGUGAGCAAAAAAUUUUUCAGUUCAGAUUUUUCUGAUAAAAAAAAAUCUGGGAUUCCCAAUUAUUCAGAAUUGAAUGGAAUCGUAGGUACUAGUCAUUAUAAUUUCAUAUAUUCUGCUAUUUUUCAUGAGAAUUCGGAUUUAUUAGCAAAAAGGCGAAGAAAUAGAUUUCUCAUUCCAUUCCAAUCGAUUCAAGAGCAAGCGAAAGAGUUCAUACCACAUUCAGGUAUCUCGAUUGAAAUACCCAUAAAUGGUAUUUUCCGUAGAAACAGUAUUUUUGCUUUUUUUGAUGAUCCUAGAUACAGAAGAAAGAGUUCCGGAAUUCUUAAAUAUGGAACUCUAAAGGCGGACUCAAUCGUCCAAAAAGAGGAUAUGAUUGAGUAUCGAGGAGUCCAAAAAUUUAAGACAAAAUACGAAAUGAAAGUAGAUCGCUUUUUUUUCAUUCCUGAGGAAGUGCAUAUUUUACCCGAAUCCUCCGCCAUAAUGGUACAGAACUAUAGUAUCAUUGGAGUCGAUACACGAAUCACUUUAAAUAUAAGAAGCCAAGUCGGCGGGUUGAUCCGAGUGGAGAGAAAAAAAAAAGGAUUGAACUCAAAAUAUUUUCGGGGGAUAUCCAUUUUCCGGACAAGACAGAUAAGAUAUCCCGACAUAGUGGCAUCUUGAUACCGCCAGGAAGGGGAAAAACAAACUCUAAAGAAUCAAAAAAUUUAAAAAAUUGGAUUUAUGCCCAACGGAUCACACCAACCAAGAAAAAGUUUUUUGUUUUGGUGCGGCCCGUAGCUACCUAUGAGAUAAUGGACAGUAUAAAUUUAGCAACACUCUUCCCACAAGAUCUCUUUCGGGAAAAGGAUAAUAUUCAACUUCGAGUUUUCAACUAUAUCCUUUAUGGAAAUGGUAAACCAACUCGAGGAAUUUCUGACACAAGUAUUCAAUUGGUUCGCACUUGUUUAGUCUUGAAUUGGGACCAAGACAACAAAAAUUCUUCCCUCGAGGAGGUCCGCGCUUUCGUUGUUGAAGUAAGUACAAAGGGUUUGAUUCGAGAUUUCAUAAGAAUUGGCUUAGUGAAAUCCCAUAUUUCGUAUAUAAGAAAAAGAAAUAAUCCGCCGGAUUCGGGAUUGAUCUCUGCAGAUUCCGUGAAUCCGUUUUAUUCGCUUUCUCCCAAGGCUGGCAUUCUUCAACAAUCGCUUAGACAAAAUCAUGGAACUAUUCGUAUGUUCAGAAAUAAGGAAUCCCAAUCUUUGUUAAUUUUAUCAUCCUCUAAUUGUUUUAGAAUCGGUCCAUUUAAUCAUGUAAAAUAUCACAAUGUUAUAAACCAAUCAAUAAAAAAAAAACCUCUAAUUACAAUUCAAAAUUCGUCGGGCCCCUUAGGAACAGCCAUUCAAAUUUCGAAUUUUUAUUCAUUUUUGCCUUUACUAACUUAUAAUCAGAUCUCUGUAAUUAAAUAUUUGCAACUUGAUAACUUCAAAUAUAUUUUCAAAUAAUUCACUCUUAUUUAAUAGAUGAAAACGGAAGAAUUUUUAAUCUAGAUCCAUACAGUAACCUUGUUUUGAAUCCAUUCAAAUUGAAUUGGUAUUUUCUUCAUCAAAAUUAUAAUAAUUAUUAUUGUGAGGAAACGUCCACAAUAAUAAGUCUUGGACAAUUUUUUUGUGAAAAUCUAUGUAUAGCCAAAAAAGAACCAUACCUAAAAUCGGGUCAAGUUUUAAUUGUUCAAAGGGAUUCUGUAGUAAUAAGAUCCGCUAAGCCCUAUUUGGCUACUCCGGGAGCAAAAGUUCACGGGCAUUAUAGAGAAAUUCUUUACGAAGGGGAUACAUUAGUUACAUUUAUAUAUGAAAAAUCGAGAUCCGGUGAUAUAACCCAAGGUCUUCCAAAAGUAGAACAGGUGUUAGAAGUCCGCUCGAUUGAUUCAAUAUCACUGAACUUAGAAAAGCGGAUUAAGGGUUGGAACAGGUGUAUAACAAGAAUUCUUGGAAUUCCUUGGGGAUUCUUGAUUGGUGCUGAGCUAACUAUAGUGCAAAGUCGUAUUUCUUUGGUUAAUAAGAUUCAAAAGGUUUAUCGAUCCCAGGGGGUGCAGAUUCAUAAUAGGCAUAUCGAAAUUAUUGUACGUCAAAUAACAUCAAAAGUUUUGGUUUCAGAAGAGGGAAUGUCUAAUGUUUUUUUACCUGGAGAAUUGAUUGGAUUGUUACGAGCAGAACGCACGGGGCGUGCUUUAGAAGAAGCAAUCUGUUAUCGAGCCGUUUUAUUAGGAAUAACUCGAGCAUCUUUGAAUACUCAAAGUUUUAUAUCCGAAGCAAGUUUUCAAGAAACUGCUAGAGUUUUAGCAAAAGCUGCUCUUCGGGGUCGUAUCGAUUGGUUGAAAGGCCUGAAAGAAAAUGUUGUUCUAGGGGGUGUGAUCCCCGCCGGGACCGGGUUCAACAAAGGAUUGGUGCAUUGUUCACGGCAACAUACCAAUAUUCUUUUUGAAAAAAAAACAAAGAAUUUAUCUUUAUUAGAGGGAGAUAUGAGAGAUAUUUUAUUUUAUCACAGGGAAUUUUGUGACUCUUCUAUUUACAAAUCUGCCUUUUCUAGAAUUGAAUAAUUCCUAAUAGCAGAUUCCUGUUUUGAAUUUCAUGUUUUAUUGUUUGCUGUAGUCAUUUGCUUUAAUAAUUUGUUAACACUAAUAAAGAUAAUAAUGAAUACAAAAUAAUGGCUCGGCUCGUGCAUAAACGGACAAGAGAAGGUUCCAUUGGAACAAAUUUUUAUUUUAGUUUUGGGUACCCCCCUUUUAAGUGUGAAAAGAAAUGACAAAAAGAUAUUGGAACAUCGAUUUGGAAGAGAUGAUGAGAGCAGGAGUUCAUUUUGGGCAUGGUACUAGGAAAUGGAAUCCUAGAAUGGCACCUUAUAUUUCUGCAAAGCGUAAAGGUAUUCAUAUUAUAAAUCUGACUAGAACUGCUCGUUUUUUAUCAGAAGCUUGUGAUUUAGUUUUUGAUGCAGCAAGUAGGGGAAAACAAUUCUUAAUUGUUGGGACAAAAAAUAAAGCAGCUGAUUUAGUGUCGCGGGCUGCAAUAAGGGCUCGGUGUCAUUAUGUUAAUAAAAGUGGCUCGGCGGCAUGUUAACAAAUUGGUCUACUACAGAAAAAAGACUUCAUAAGUUUAGGGACUUGAGAACUGAACAAAAGACAGAGGGAUUCAACCGUCUUCCGAAAAGGGAUGCAGCUGUGUUGAAGAGACAAUUAUCUCGCUUGGAAACAUAUCUAGGCGGGAUUAAAUAUAUGACGGGAUUGCCUGAUAUUGUAAUCAUCAUCGAUCAGCAAGAAGAAUAUACGGCUCUUCGAGAAUGUAUAACUUUGGGAAUUCCAACCAUUUCUUUAAUCGAUACAAAUUGUAAUCCCGAUCUCGCGGAUAUUUCUAUUCCAGCAAAUGAUGACGCUAUAGCUUCAAUUCGAUUCAUUCUUAACAAAUUAGUAUUCGCAAUUUGUGAGGGUCGUUCUAGCUAUAUACAAAAUUCUUGAUUAAUAAUAAGAUAAAUAAAUCAAUUUUUUUUGAGGGAGGGGCUCCCUGUAUUUCGAUUUAUAAAAUCGGUUACUAUUCCUGAAUCAUACAAAAGAAAAAGAGAUAAAAAACUGGGUAUAUUGUGUGUUCGUUUAGUUGGUAUCCAAAACUAAAAUAAAAAUUCAAGUAAAUAAGUAAAAAAAAGGGGGGGUCUUGAAUCAAAAUAAUUUAAAGUUCUUAUUUCUGUCAGAGGGCAAUAUGAAUGUUUUAUCAUGUUCCAUCAAUACACUAAUAAAAGAAGGGUUAUAUGAGAUAUCUGGUGUAGAAGUAGGCCAACAUUUCUAUUGGCAAAUAGGGGGGUUCCAAGUCCAUGCGCAAGUCCUUAUUACUUCUUGGGUUGUAAUUGCUAUCUUAUUAGGUUCCGCAGCUCUAGCGGUUCGCAAUCCACAAACCAUUCCAACUGGCGGCCAAAACUUCUUUGAAUUUGUCCUUGAAUUCAUUCGAGAUGUGAGUCAAACCCAGAUUGGAGAAGAAUACGGUCCAUGGGUUCCCUUUAUUGGAACCCUGUUUUUAUUUAUUUUUGUUUCUAACUGGUCAGGAGCCCUUUUACCGUGGAAAAUUAUCCAGUUACCUCAAGGGGAGUUAGCAGCACCAACGAAUGAUAUAAAUACGACGGUUGCUUUAGCUUUACUCACAUCAGUAGCAUAUUUUUAUGCGGGUCUUAGCAAAAAAGGAUUAGGGUAUUUCAGUAAAUACAUUCAACCAACUCCAAUUCUUUUACCCAUUAACAUCUUAGAAGAUUUUACAAAACCCCUAUCACUGAGUUUUCGACUUUUCGGAAAUAUAUUAGCCGAUGAAUUAGUAGUUGUUGUUCUUGUUUCUUUAGUACCUUUAGUGGUUCCUAUACCUGUCAUGUUCCUUGGAUUAUUUACAAGCGGGAUUCAAGCUCUCAUUUUUGCCACUUUAGCUGCGGCUUAUAUAGGUGAAUCCAUGGAGGGUCAUCAUUAACUAUUUUUUUUUUUCAAAUUUAGGUUAGCCCAAUUAUCGAAUAGUUGGUUUACGUUAUGUAAGAAACACUUGUAUAUGUCAUAUUUGAUAUUGACUAGGUAUAUAUAAGUUAAAGAUCUAUAUAAUCUGCCCCACUAUUUUUGUGAAUUUCUAUUUAGAUAACGAUUCGAUUAUAAGUUCUUACUUUUUAUCUGUGAAUUGGCUGAAAAAAACGAUCAAAAAAAGAACGAAGAAUUAAAAGAAAAGAAUGGUUCACAAAAAAAACGGCAUAAAAAAGUCGUAUAUAUAUAUAUUAUGCAUUUUUCAAAAUCCCGUGGAUAGGAACUAAUAUCAAAGUAAUUCUUAUCAAGUUUUUGGUUAUUUUGGCUGGAUGAAUCUUAGCGAUGACUUAAUUAUAAUUAAGUCCUAAGUCGUUGGAUGAUUGUAUCAUUAACUAUUUCUUUAUUUUGGUGUGAGGAACUUAUCAUGAAUCCACUGGUUUCUGCUGCUUCGGUUAUUGCUGCUGGGUUGGCUGUUGGGCUUGCUUCUAUUGGACCUGGGGUUGGUCAAGGUACAGCUGCGGGUCAAGCUGUCGAAGGUAUCGCGAGACAACCUGAGGCAGAAGGAAAAAUACGAGGUACUUUAUUGCUUAGUUUGGCUUUUAUGGAAGCUUUAACAAUUUAUGGCCUAGUUGUAGCAUUAGCGCUUUUAUUUGCGAAUCCUUUUGUUUAAUCCUAGAAAUAAUAAAAUUAGGAAUUUUUUUUUUCGUAGUUUUUUUUAUUCUAUCAAGAUUUCACUCCUACAAUUAUUCAUUGAGACAACAACCCUUGGGAAGGACUAAUUUGAGGAUGGGGAAUUAACACAUCGAUUCGCUUUCUUCCUUCCCCUUAUUCUUUUUAGUUUAAUGGAAAUUUUUUUUAAGGAGUGUUGCGCAAAAAGGAGGUUUAGGUUUUUUAAAAUUGAUAUAAAACUUGGUCUCAAAUUCUAGCUUAAUUUUAAUUAAGUCUCAUUAUUAUUAUUGAAAAUUAAAAUUUUUGGAAAAUAAAUUUGUAAAUAGAAUAGGUUUUUGAUUCUGUUUAUAAAUAUCCAAAUAGGUAAAUUAAAUUAUAAAUUAUUAAACGAAAUUUUCUUUUUAUUCAAAAAACAAAGAAUAAAAAAAAAAAGGACAGAGUUCUUUUUUUUAUAGUUUAGCUAGAAGAGGAGAUUAUAUGAAAAAUUUAACCGAUUCUUUCGUUUACUUGGGUCACUGGCCAUCCGCCGGGAGUUUCGGGUUUAAUACCGAUAUUUUAGCAACAAAUCCAAUAAAUCUAAGUGUAGUCUUCGGUGUAUUGAUCUUUUUUGGAAAGGGAGGUGUGUGUGAGUUGUUCAUUUCAAGAAUAGGCUGGAUUCGUCCAGUGGCACUAUAACUAGCAAAGAGUGCCUAAUCCCGCGAAUUACUUCUGAAUACAAAAUUCAAUAAAAAAUCAUAUUUUAGAACCAUAGCAUUUCGUUAUUCUUUGGUAAGUCUACUUGACUUUGAUUCUCUAUCAACCAAAAAUUUGGGACCAUUAAUUAACAUGGUUAAAACUAAACCGUUUGAAGUUCAGAUGCAACAUGGUACUCUUUCUACCAUAUGUAGUCUAAUUAAAAAAUGAAUAAGAUUUUCAAAAAGAAUAGUUCGGCUUUUUUCGAUAUAAAACACUCAUGUCGAUAAAAUUUUUUGAGUCUUUUUGUAUAAUGCAGAAUUGAUAACCUACGUAUAAAGUAAUAAAAAUUCUUUGGAUUUCAAGAAAAAAAGAAACAACUUUGCUGACAAUUAUCAAUUUUUUAUUGGUCAGAAGAAUCCUCCAAAUAGUUUUGUCUUGGAUUGGUGAUCUUUUUCGAUAGAAAUAUAUAUUGAAUAUGAAUUGAAUACAACAAAAUGGGAGAGGAUAGGCUCAUUACAUGAAAAAUAUGGGAAUGAAAGUCUCAUACAUAAUUGAUAAAUGAUUGGAAUACGUGAGCAUGAGAGCCAAAUGAAUCGAAAGAUUCAUGUUUGGUUCGGGAAGGGAUCAUAGAACUUUUUUUUUUACUGAAUAAUCUACUUUCAUUAAAUGAUUUAUUAGAUAACCGAAAGCAGAGGAUAUUAAAUACUAUUCGAAAUUCAGAAGAACUACGUGAAGGAGCUAUUCAACAAUUAGAAAACGCCCGAGCUCGCCUGCGUAAAGUAGAAAUGGAGGCGGAUCAGUUUCGCGUAAAUGGAUACUCUGAAAUCGAACGAGAAAAAGUAAAUUUGAUUAAUUCAACUUCUAGGACUUUGAAACAAUUA